AUGAAACACAGUUUCCUUUUUCUUUUCGGCGGUUUGACAUCUGCCUUGAGCUAUUCUUUGGAUGCCAGAGAUUAUGCUCUUUCCGGCCGGUACAUUGUCAGCCUGAAAGCAGGUCUCUCGGAAAAUGCUGUGAAAGAGCAUCUUAACUGGGCACGAGAUGUGCAUCAGAGAAGAAGUGUCUUCCGUCGAGAUGUCAAUGGAGUGGAAAAGACAUUCGAUAUCGGUUCAUUCCAUGCCUAUGUGGGAUCAUUUGACGAUGAAACCUUGGCAGAAAUUGAAUUGAAUGAGACAGUUGAGUGUGUAGAGCCCGACACACCCAUUUAUCCAUUUGAGAUUAUCACACAGCCUGAAUCCACGUGGGGGCUUGGCGCUAUAUCCUCCGCAGAUGGCAUCAGUACGAAUGGCAGUCUUCGGGAUGGGUUUAAGUAUCGCUACGACGAAAAUGGAGGAGAGGGGACUUUUGCGUAUGUCAUUGAUAGCGGCGUCUGGGUGGAUAAUCCAGACUUUGAAGGGCGAGCCGAGCUUGGAUAUACUGUGUAUCCUGAUAUCCCUUUUGAAGAUAGCAGUGGACAUGGUACACACGUUGCUGGCACCAUUGCGUCCAAAACAUGGGGAGUUGCAAAAAAGGCUAGGGUUAUUGCCGUGAAAGUACUCGCUCCCAAUCAAGGAGUUAUGUCUCACUUCAUGGAUGGCUUUUCGUGGGCUGUGAACAAUAUUACAGCCACACCUGGUCGUGCUGCAGUCUCAGUUAUCAACAUGAGCUUGGGCGGCCCCACGAAUUGGGCAUUUAACAGCUUGGUCCAUGCAGCAUCUGAACAAGGUAUUGUUUCUGUAGUUUCUGCAGGUAAUGCUGGUAUCGAUGUCAGUCGAGUUUCUCCAGCAGGUACCAGCAGUGCUAUUACAGUGGCAGCCAGCGCGGCCAACAACUCCGUCCUGAGCUAUAGCAAUUUCGGAGCUGGGGUGGACCUUUAUGCCCCUGGUGUCGAUGUAUACUCGCUUUCACUCGAUGCUGGCAAAGAUGUAGCUCUGACUGGUACUUCUAUGGCUGCGCCUCACGUUUCCGGCCUGGUAUUGUAUCUAAAGAGCCUAGAGUCAGGAUUAGAGUCCGUCGAAGCAGUGACGGCUAGGAUCUUGGAACUAUCUAAACGGGAUAUUAUCAAAGGAGUGCCCGAGUACACUCCUAAUCUAUUUGCUUACAAUGGCAUUUAG